AUGACGCCUGCAAACGACCUUGGAAACAGUAUUCAAUACAUACACCAGCCUCCGCCUAAAAUUGGCGAAGUAUUCACUUGGGAACGACCGAUAAACAACCCAGGUAUAUUGGCACUGAUUAGACCGUCGCAUAAACCCCUCUGGCGAACAGAGAUUCUUGAUGAGGAGGAAUCAGAAGAUGAUGAAGAUGGGAACACAAUCAGUAAAUCCAACACCAGCCGAAUCUUACAAUUGUGCGACGUUAGUGACGAUGAGUACGAAGAUGGCCAUACUGAUGACAAUGAAGGCAUUGUUCGCCAAGUUGGCCGAAGUAAAGAGCCACGGUUUACCAAAAUCACCGCGCUACGAAAAAAUGAAUCUUCUCAAACAGGAACGACCAGUGACUACGGAACGGCACACUCGUCAUCCAAAACAGAUUCGUUCACUUGUAUUCGUGACGGAAGUUAUGACUUGAAAUUGGGCCACCCUAGAAAGCGCCGGUUUGGUUUGUUUCACAAUCAAAACCACCUUUCAAAAGAUUAUGCAGGUCCCCAAGAACUUCUGCCGUUUCAUGAUUUGUCUGUAAAUGGCGGGCCUUUACGGAGGAAUGGUUGGUUGGUGUUUAAGACAAUGGCCAACAUUCCGAAUUCUUCUGUCUUUAAAUGCAAACGCUUCCAUAUACGGCGCAAUGCGAUCUGUGAUCCCUUCAACUUGCUCAUGCCACAAAAAACGAGGGAAAGAACAGAAUGGGAAGCUUUCCAGAGAAAGAAAUCGUUUUUUCGGCGCAUAAAGAUUUUCUUUCGGGUAAAAUUUGGAAUCGAAGGGGAAGAGGAUUUAUGA